AUGACUGGAGAACCCGACACACCACAGAGUCCUCAGGCUGAUGGUGCUUAUCACCGGCCGAGAGAAGAUGCUCGUGGAGGCGUCUCCCAGUGCAUUGAAGGGGGCCGAGCAUCACCCGUUGAGGCCUUUCCAGGAGCACCUUCCAAGUACGAUCCUAGUCAUGGCAAUAACCACGUCAACCAGCUCUCAGCCCAACAGGAGAGAGGGAGCCUGGAAGCUGUAUCUAGUGAUGAAGUUCAGUUCGACUUUGCACCAGCCCAGCAAAGUCACCCUCACCAUCAAAACGUGGAGCCUUCGUUGGCCACUAGUCCAGGCUCAACAUCAUCAGCCCAGGUCCACACAAUGACAAGAGCGAGGUCUAUUGGUCAUAGAGUAUACAGCGCGGGAGUAGGUCCGAUCCACGAAUCUAGGGUUUCAAAGUCUCCGACAGAACACCGUUCGAGACUGCUCCACAAUCGUCAAACACACCCUCAGACAGACCUUGCAACAACUCCUUCACAGCCUUCAGAAGAGGAUCUGCUCUUUCUGCUCAUGUCCCGAGCGCGAGAGACACAAAAAGCUCUAGAGAGGCUGGAGCACCUCGAGAACGAAAACCAGGAUCUGCGAGAGCUACAGGGGCAGACAGAAGCUGAGCUACAACAAGCCACCAAAGCACGAGAUGAAUAUGCUCAAUAUUCCCAUUUUCUCGACCAGAGCUUAGUGCUUUUUCGAGAAAAGUACUCCAAGUUGAAGAAAUGGGCUCUGGAGACAAACAAAGACUGCGAGAUGUUGCAGCAGAGUAGCUCAGGGUUCCAGCGAAGUUUGGCAGCUUUGGCCAAAGACAGGGAUUACCUCCUUACGCAGUUGCACGAGGCUCGGUCCUCUUCACGCUCGACAUCGGAGCAAAUGGAGAAUAUUCAAAGCGGCGUCCGGGAGGUGAGAGUAAUGGCAGAGAAUAGCGGUGCAACAAUCAAGCAGCUGGAUGCCUUUGCUGUGGCCCAAGAGGAACAUUUGAUGAGCGAGAAGCAAAGGUGUCGAAGGCUAGAGGCUCAUAUACUCCACUUGGAACAGGAGAAAAACAAGCAAAAUAUCAGACUGCACAGCCAGCAUCAAGCCACCAAUCAAACCCUGCAGGACAUCUCGAAACAGCUGGGUGCAUUCCAUAAUGGGAGAGCAGCAGAGAGUUCUGCGACAGCCCGUAUUUUCGAAAGCCUGCAUCAGAUCCAGUCGGUGAUUGACACCAAUCUGCUGGUAAAAUCAGAUCUGGCUCCGCUGAGAGAGGAUUGUACAUCAGUGAAUUCAUCGCUGACCAAGAUUGAAGGUUCACUUUCUAAAAAGGUUGAGACGGCAAUAGCAAAUCUCCGUCACGACUUACAACAAGACGUCUCCAAUCAAUUAUUGAGACUGUCGUUGGAAGUGCAGUCAGGGAACGCCGAAGUUGUCGAAGCAAAAGCGGAAGUGGCCCGACUGGAAGGAAAGACAGAGCAGACACAACAGAUCAUAGAGCUCCUUCGCGAGGCUAAGCGUGAAGCACAGAAGCAUGAGGCAGAGUUGCAAGAUGCCAACAAGAGUCUUCGAAACAACAAAGAAGCAAUUCAAACGCAGAGCGAGGAGCUCCGAACGUCGUUGCGAACGGUCACGACCAAGUGGCAGACGGCAUGCUCCGAACUUGAAAAGUGCAAGCAGGGCAGGAACGAGGCCCACGCAGAAGUCAUUGAUUUGACAAUCCGUCUGACCGAAGCCAUGCAUGAACUCAACUCCCUACAAGCUGAGCUAAUGGCCAGCGAAGACGUUUUGAUCGAAUUCGAACAACAAAAUGCCGAUCAAAAUAUGGAGUUGAGAAACGUGAAUGUUCUGCUUUCGACUCAGAGGAGUGAUAUUGAUUAUGAGAUACAAAGAAGACUUGAGAUUGAAGACGAACUGGCGAUGAGCAAAGCGCUGGAGCUACAAACUCGGAGACAACUUACACUGUCUCGGGAAGAAACGACUACAGCUACCAGACUUCAUCGAGACAUGCAAAGCCAGAUAGGCGUGCUUAAACAGACAUUAACGAGGACAGAUGAUAAAGCUCGGAAGCUUGAGGAAACUCUCAAGUCUCUAGAAGAGACUACAGCUGAGCUGGAGCAUCUGAGAAAGCAGCAAGCCACCCUGCAGCGCUUCAAAGAAGAGUCUGUGUCUCAAAGUCAGGAAAUUAGGGACAAAUCAGCGGAGAUCCAAACUCUCGAAAAGCAGAUCAAGGACCUGCGAAAUACGUCUGCCGAUCUCGAAGAAGAAGUGAGAGGAAAGGACAGACUGGCAGAGGAGAACGCCAAUAUCCACAAUGACCUGAAGAACUUGCGAGAGCAGCUUCAGCAGAAGACCAUCGAGACCGCUCUGCUGGAAUCUGCUCUUGCUGCUGCUCAGGUUCGGACAGCCCAACUCGGCGAUUUAAAAAGAGAAAAGUCCUCCCUCAAGGAAGCUGUCGAAUCUCUGACAACGGCCCUCGAACAAUCGAAUGAGCAGUGCGCCCAGAUUUCACCCUUGCAGGACACCGUCGCGCAGAAGGACCAUCAGAUCACGGAACUGCAGAAGGACUUAGCGAUCUUUCGCGGCCAAGCCGAGGAACUGAAGAAUCUUCGAGCCGAGUUGCAAGAGAAGGAAGAGAGGCAAGCAGAUUUGCAACAGCAAAUCCUCGGCCUCGAAGGCGCCGUCUCCAAUGCCCAGCUUGAUGGUGAUGAGGUAAACCACAACAUCCAGCAACGAAGAGUCGCAGAUCGCUCUGGAAACGCAAUGAAUUCCCACAACAACGAGUUGCCCGGCACCCGCCCAUAUUUCAAUGGUGGCGAUGUUCACAGUCCUUUGAACUUGAGUCCGGCAAACCCCACGACUGGUGCUAUAUACAUUGUACAAGAAACACAACUCGAAGUUCAAGAGUCCCAACUAGUGGGUCCAGAUAGUCUCAUACUAUCUGUAGAUCAAGGUCAGGAAAGCAGUGGCUCAGAACUUUCUCCGAUUCCAAGUGAUGACGGGGAAGCUAAUCUCGACGACCUGAUUAACCAUGGCCCCAUUGGCCUCAACACCAGGCGCCAUAACGGCAGAGAAACUCAUGUCUGGCCGAACGAGAGCAGCAGCAUUAGACAUCGCCAGCCGACCAGCGAACAGCCUCCAUCCAGCCCGUAUGGAUCGCAAAGUGAUCAAAUGCUUCUGGACCAAGUCAGCCAGACCGAGUCUCAGGAGCCUGACGAUUCCGACUCCACUAAGACUGAUCCGACUUUUGCGAUGCCGGUUAAUAGAACGGGGAUGAGGCAGGGACCAGGUCCAAGAAGAUUAAGAAGCGAACAUCGAGGCCCGAGUGGUCGAUCCAUUGCUUCUCCCGAUCCUGGCGCGGAGUCACUAAGCAACCGGCCAUCCACACCUGCCAUCAUGCGUGAGCGGCAUCGACCCAAUUCGACAGCCAAACGUCGCUCAGAGCCCGAGAACGACGCGGACAGGGUUUCUCCGAAGAACCCCAAACGUCUCAAGCGGACAGCUGCGAACCUGGAAGCGAAGAAGUCACAACCGGCCAUGCCGAAGUCUGAGAAUGGCGAAAAGUCAUCGUCUCGAGGUGCUGCCACCUUCAGUAAGAGCGGUGGCGGCAGAGGCAACAGUGUCGUCGGAACGAAUGCCCCUGGUCCUGGAAAAAUUCAACGAUCGACCAAACCCGCCCGUAAGGGCUCCCGACGGGACAAGUACACCACCCGGUUUGGUGCGGAGACUUGA